GGUAUUAACUUACCUUACCAGUUACUAUGCCAUUACCCCCGUUGGCAGUUGGCAUUGCUCUAUAAAUAGUACAGACAACACUCCAAGUUCCACGACAGGAAGUGGUAAUCCACCAUCCCAUACUUCAUACCACCAUUUCAAUUUCUGAAGCUUUCAUCCACUUCCUUCAACUUUCCAACUCCAAGGAAAUCAUAAUAUUUAGAAAAGCAGAAACUACAGACAGGAUCAGCAGUGAUCGAGAGAGAGAGAGAGAGAGAGAGAUGGAUGGCAGAGAACAGGACGUACAUGUGGGUGCAAGCAAGUACCAGGAGAGGCAGGGGAUAGGGACGGCAGCCCAGAGCGAAGACAAGGACUACAUAGAGCCACCGCCGGGGCCCUUGUUCGAGCCAAGCGAGUUGCGAUCAUGGUCCUUUUACAGGGCCGGGAUCGCUGAGUUUAUAGCGACCUUCCUGUUCUUAUACAUCACCAUACUAACGGUGAUGGGUAUGAAUAGGUCCCCCACAAAGUGUGCUGCCGUUGGGAUUCAAGGCAUCGCUUGGGCUUUUGGUGGCAUGAUCUUUGCUCUUGUCUAUUGCACCGCUGGCAUCUCAGGGGGUCACAUAAACCCAGCGGUGACGUUCGGAUUACUACUGGCGAGGAAGCUAUCUCUGACGAGGGCGUUGUUCUACAUUGUGAUGCAGUGCCUUGGGGCUAUCUGCGGUGCUGGAGUGGUGAAGGGUUUCGAGAAGAGGCAGUACGAGAGGAUGGGUGGGGGUGCCAACGUGGUGGCCCAUGGCUACACUAAGGGUGAUGGGCUUGGAGCCGAGAUCGUCGGCACUUUCAUCCUUGUCUACACCGUCUUCUCCGCCACCGAUGCCAAGCGUAACGCCCGAGACUCCCACGUCCCUAUCUUGGCACCGUUGCCCAUCGGGUUCGCAGUGUUCCUGGUUCACUUGGCCACCAUUCCUAUUACAGGAACCGGAAUCAACCCAGCCAGAAGUCUUGGGGCCGCCAUCAUCUACAACAAGGACCAUGCUUGGAAAGAUCAUUGGAUUUUCUGGGUGGGACCUUUCGUUGGGGCAGCACUUGCAGCUCUAUACCAUCAGGUGGUGAUCAGAGCCAUUCCCUUCAAAUCCAAGUGAUUGAUGAAAUAAUACACGAUCAUGUUCAACGGAUAUAUAUGGUCUUCUUCUAUAGUUGCUUCAUUUUCUGCUUUCGUGUCAUGGACUCGUGUCACACACCUCGGGUGUAGCUCGGCUGGUUCAAUGGUAAAUUCGAGUAAAUCCGAGGGAUUUCUUGUCAACCCAACAACAAAUAAAAAUAAAAGUCCUGGGUUCAUGUUUGCUGCUUCCUUUCUAACGGGGCAAUGUAUGCUAACUUUGUUGACUUUUUAAGUACAAUGACCUUUGGAUCCGCUUCACGUCGGAUCAUCUAAUUACUUGUAAAUUUCAAUAAUCAAUAAUUGUCUCAUUUUCUAU